GAACACACUGUGAACAGAGGAUUUGAUUUCCUAGGAUGCCUGUGAAGUGGAUGUCUGUUCUGCUGCUCCUGCAGAUGAGUUCCUACUUCAGAUCUGGGUAUUGUGGGAAGGUGUUGGUAUGGCCGAUGGAAUUCAGUCAUUGGAUGAAUCUGAAGAUAAUACUGGAUGAACUUGUACAGAGGGGUCAUGAAGUGACAGUUCUGAGACCUGAAUCUUCUAUCUCUGUUGAUCCGCAAAAAUCACCUAGCCUGAAGUUUGAGUCUUAUCACACAUCUGUCAAUAAAGAUGAUUUGGAAAAGUAUUUCAACAGGCUUGUGGAUAUAUGGACUUAUGAAAUACCAAGAGAUACAUGUUUAUCAUACUCACCUUUGCUACAAAACCUGAUGGAUGAAUAUUCUGAUUACUUUCUAAGUCUUUGUAAAGACACAGUUACAAACAAACAACUUAUGACAAAACUACAGAAUUCCAAGUUUGAUGUCCUUUUCUCGGAUGCCAUUGGCCCCUGCGGGGAGCUGAUAGCUGAACUUCUCCAGAUCCCUUUUCUGUACAGUCUUCGCUUCACUCCUGGUUAUACAAUGGAAAAGUACAGUGGAGGAUUUACACUCCCGCCCUCCUAUGUACCUAUGAUUCUGUCAGGAUUAGGUGGGCAAAUGACAUUCAUGGAGAGGGUAAAAAAUAUGAUAUGUAUGUUUUAUUUUGACUUUUGGUUCCAGACAUUUAAUGAGAAGAAAUGGGAUCAGUUUUACAGUGAAACUUUGGGGAAGCCCACUACCUUCGCUGAGACAGUAGGCAAAGCACAAAUGUGGCUCAUUAGAUCCUACUGGGAUAUGGAGUUCCCUAACCCAACUUUACCAAAUGUUGACUAUGUUGGAGGACUCCACUGCAAACCGGCAAAACCCUUGCCUAAGGAAAUGGAAGACUUUGUCCAGAGUUCUGGAGAGCAUGGUGUUGUGGUGUUUACUCUGGGGUCAAUGGUCAGAGACAUGAUAGAAGAAAAAGCCAAUGCAAUUGCGUGGGCCCUUGCCCAGAUUCCACAAAAGGUUCUUUGGAGAUUUGAUGGUAAAACACCGGACACCUUAGGACCCAAUACCAGAGUCUACAAAUGGCUCCCUCAGAAUGACCUUCUAGGUCAUCCAAAAACCAGAGCCUUUGUAACUCAUGGUGGAGCCAAUGGCGUCUAUGAGGCAAUCCAUUUUGGAGUCCCUAUGAUUGGCAUUCCUUUGUUUGGAGAACAACAUGAUAAUAUUGCCAACAUGGUGGCCAAAGGAGCAGCUGUUGCAUUAAAUAUUAGAACGAUGUCAGGGUCAGAUUUGCUCAACGCAUUGAAGGCAGUCAUAGACAAUCCUUCCUAUAAAGAGAAUGCUAUGUGGUUAUCAACCAUUCACCAUGACCAGCCCUUAAAGCCCCUGGACAGAGCCAUCUUCUGGAUUGAGUUUGUCAUGCGCCACAAAGGGGCCAAGCACCUGAGGCCACUUGCCUACAACCUCACCUGGUACCAGUACCACUCUCUGGAUGUGGUUGGAUUCCUACUCGCCUGUGUGGCAGCCAUAGCUUUCCUUGCCAUAAAAUCCUGCUCAUUCAUUUAUCAAAAGUUUAUAAAGAUGGGAAAGAAAAUGAAGAAUGAGUAGAUCUCAUUGAGGAUGUACUACAUGAGAUAAAUCUCAGCAUCAUUCUAAUUUAUGAACUGCCUUCCCCAUAUUCACUGAUUAAUUUAUCAAGUCAUAUCUUCUUUUGACAGAUGAAAGGGAAGGAGAAAAUAAUAUAAUUACAUCAUAUUCUCAAAAAAUAAAAGACAUAAUAAAAAUGAAAAUGCUGAGCAAGCUAUAAGGAACAAUUUAGUGACCAGAGUUCUUCCAUUACAUCUGCUUCAGUUCUGCCUUUAAUUCCUGCCUUUAACCUCUGACCUACUUUUCCUCAGUAAUGGACAUGGAGCUAUGAGAUGAAAUAGAGCCUCCCCUUUCUCAAAUAAAAAUGAAUAUUUUAAAAAAUUCAAACAAAGGAGAAUCCUGGGCCUGGGCAGGGGCAGGCACCACUAUGAUGAGUAAAUACGUGGUGGAGAGACGGGAGAGAAAGAGAAGUGGAAGUAGUUUGUGCUCUAUGAAGAGAGGCAGAACUGCAGACAUCAAGGCAGCAGGAAACAACCCGAUGUGAGAGGCCUGCACUGCCAGCUGAGGUCAUGGUGAUAUCUGUGAUGCCACAGAGGGCGAUAUCUGUCUGGGUCGGUGGACUUUCUGUAUCAGGGGUCUGUGUCAAUGUCCAUGGUGAUGUGGACAUCCUUGGUCUGGACUGCCAUUUGAGGCCAUUUAAUGUCUGAGUACUGUGCUGAGCUGGUCCAACCACUCACCAGCCACCACACAGUAGCACCAGCACUUGCCUUUGCAGUUGGGGAGAGCUGUUCCCCGAUGCUGGUGUAGAAGAGAUGACCUCAUGACUUAGUGAGGGAGAGUUGGCCUCCUCUGCCAGUGUAAAUGAGCUGACCUCAUGACUUAGUCGGGGAGAGCUAUUCUGUCCCUCAUCUUGGCAAUGCAGGGGAGCUGGCCCUGUUGGCACGGGUGUGGAAAAGCUGGCCCUGAUGAUGUGGUCACAGGAGAGGCAGCCUCACCCCCCGACUGUACAUUAUGGGAGAGCUGGCCCUGGUACAUGAGCAAGGGAGAGCUGUUGGGCUGACCAACUCAGCCACCACCCAGGCCAAGAUCUGUAGCUUUGAGCUGGCUCACCCCAAUACCUACACCAUGUAUGAGUUGCUGGAGUUAAUGAAGGAGCUGGUCCUGCAGAACCAAAGUAGCAGGGGCUCCAUGACACAGGGCAACAACAAGAUAUCUUACAGGAAUCUCAACCGUAUCCAGCUCCAAUAGUGUAGCUGAAGCCAGAGGCCUCAAACCAGACCAUUGACACAUUGCAAUGAACAUUUUCAUGUAAAGCUGUUUGUGCAGAAGAGUAUAAGGCAUGAGACACCAUCUCACACUGCAGCUUCUCCCCAGAGACUUUUUAUGAUCUUUUAUUUUCUAUUUUCUUUUGUGGGGGAGGUUUUGGGGUGGAAGGCAAAUAAGGAAGGACUGGGAAAUGAGUGGAUUUGGAGUGCAUGAUGUGAAAUUUCUAAAGAAUCAAUAAAAAGUUUAUGGGAAAAAUUCAAACAAACAAAGAAAUAACCCUUAUUCUAAAAGUAAAUAAUAGUGUGAAAAAAAAUGAAAUGAAUAAAGAUCUCAUCCUGACCUCUAUUCUCAAAUUCAUAGAAGUCAUGGUUACAGCUGUGUAUAGAGUAAUUACAUGUAUAUGAGGUAGUUGGUUCAAUGAUUAAUUUAAAAACAAAAACUGAAAAAUUCAUGUAUCUUAUCACAAUAUCCUACUCACGAUUGUCUCAGAACAGAAAAGGCAGACAAUCUUAUGUGGAGUUAAAAAAAAAUGAAAUUGUAUUGUGAAAGAUGUAGAAAAUUUAAAUAAAAUGUACUGUCUUUUUAUCAGAAUGCUGAAUAAAACAAAGAUCUAUAUUUAAUAAA